AUGCUUUUCGAGCUUGAAACAGGGCGCGUCCUAUACAGCGAGCAGAAAAAGACUGUGGAAAUGGGAAAGCUUAUGCAGGUUGUUGGGGAAUUGUUCCCACAGCAGAAUGUCCCACCUGUGGAGAAUCUGGCCUUCGGGUCCGUCAAGUCUGGUUGUUGGGAUGGCAAAUACAAUUCAAGGGAAGAAUUCUCACUUCUGUGA